CUCGAUCACAUCAACAUGAACCGGCUUUUCGGUAGAAGCAGGAACCAGGCGCCUCCCAACCUUUCGGAUUGUAUCGGAAAUAUCGAUGGCCGAGCCGAGGUGAUGGAGAAGAAGAUCGCGAGGAUCGACGCGGAGCUCAUCAAGUACAAGGACCAGAUGAAAAAGAUGAGGGACGGACCGGCCAAGAAUGCAGUGAAACAGAAGGCAAUGAGAGUACUCAAGCAGAAGAGGCUAUAUGAAAGCCAAAGAGAUCAGCUUGCCCAGCAGUCCUUUAACAUGGAACAGGCCAACUACACCAUUCAGUCAUUAAAGGACACCAAAACAACAGUUGAAGCUAUGAAGAUUGGAGCAAAAGAAAUGAAAAAAGCCUAUAAGCAAGUGAAGAUGGAUCAGAUUGAAGACUUACAGGACCAGCUUGAGGACAUAAUGGAAGAAGCCAGUGAAGUGCAGGAGGCUCUGAGUCGCAGCUAUGGUACACCAGACAUCGAUGAGGAUGAACUAGAAGCCGAGCUGGAUGCCCUCGGAGAUGAGUUACUGCUGGAUGAUGACAGCUCCUAUCUGGAUGAAGCCUCGUCUGCACCCUCUAUUCCAGAGGGCAUGCCCAGUGACAGCAAAACAAAUAAGGAUGGUGUUCUGGUUGAUGAGUUUGGAUUGCCGCAGAUUCCAGCCACAUAGACGGGGACGAACACUGCAGGAUCU